CUGGCACCUCACAAGUAUCGCGGGAACAGGGAAGGGAGAACGCUUUUAGCGCUUAGAAAUCACUAUGGUGACGGAAAGGUCGGGAGGCUUCUCGGUAACUGGGUUUAGCUCUGAGAGCAAUCGCCGCUGCUUUCCGGGAACUUGAGUGAUUACAAUCAAGCGGUAUUUAAAAUCUUUCUGGAACCGGAGACAUGAGGCUGAAGAUAUCUCUCUUAAAAGAACCAAAGCAUCAGGAAUUAGUGAGCUGUGUAGGUUGGACAACGGCUGAGGAGCUAUACUCUUGCAGCGAUGAUCACCAGAUAGUGAAGUGGAACUUGCUAACCAGUGAAACCAGUCUCAUAGUAAAGCUGCCUGAUGACAUCUACCCGAUCGAUCUUCACUGGUUUCCCAAAAGUUUAGGCAUGAAGAAGCAGACGCAGGCAGAAAGUUUCGUCCUCACAAGUUCUGAUGGUAAAUUUCAUCUCAUUUCCAAGUUAGGAAGAGUGGAAAAAAGUGUAGAGGCUCACUGUGGAGCUGUGCUUGCAGGAAGAUGGAAUUACGAGGGGACCGCAUUAGUUACAGUUGGAGAAGAUGGACAAGUGAAAAUCUGGUCAAAGACGGGGAUGCUUAGGUCAACAUUAGCUCAGCAAGGAAUCCCAGUGUAUUCAGUAGCAUGGGGCCCUGAUUCAGAAAAGGUUCUUUAUACAGCAGGCAAACAGCUCAUCAUUAAACCUCUUCAACCAAAUGCUAAAGUUUUACAGUGGAAAGCCCAUGAAGGCAUUAUUUUAAAAGUCGAUUGGAACUCAGUCAACGAUCUCAUUUUAUCUGCUGGUGAAGACUGUAAGUAUAAGGUUUGGGAUAGUUAUGGCCGUGUGCUGUACAGUUCUCAGCCUCAUGAACACCCUAUUACCUCAGUUGCCUGGGCUCCGGAUGGAGAGUUGUUUGCUGUUGGAUCGUUUCAUACCUUACGCUUAUGUGAUAAAACAGGGUGGUCAUAUGCUUUAGAAAAACCCAACACUGGCAGCAUAUUUAAUAUUGCGUGGUCCAUCGAUGGCACUCAGAUCGCUGGAGCCUGUGGAAACGGACAUGUUGUUUUUGCACACGUGGUAGAGCAGCGCUGGGAGUGGAAAAAUUUUCAAGUAACACUCACGAAGAGAAGGACCAUGCAGGUUCGGAAUGUCCUCAAUGAUGCUGUGGAUUUACUGGAGUUCCGAGACAGAGUCAUUAAAGCAUCUUUGAACCAUGGACACUUGGUUGUUUCAACAUCUCUUCAGUGCUACGUCUUCUCUACGAAGAACUGGAAUACACCACUUAUAUUUGAUCUCAAGGAAGGAACUGUUAGUUUAAUUCUCCAGGCAGAAAGACAUUUUCUUCUGGUAGAUGGUGGUGGUAUCUAUUUGCAUUCUUAUGAAGGGCGCUUCAUUUCUUCUCCAAAGUUUCCUGGAAUGAGGACAGAUAUUUUGAACGCACAGACUGUGUCCCUGAGUAAUGAUACUAUAGCAAUAAAAGACAAAGCUGAUGAAAAGAUAAUCUUCCUCUUUGAAGCAUCAACUGGAAAACCCUUAGGGGAUGGGAAACUUCUUUCUCAUAAGAAUGAAAUCUCAGAAAUUGCUCUGGAUCAAAAGGGACUUACUAAUGACAGAAAAAUUGCUUUCAUUGACAAAAAUAGAGACCUCUACAUCACCUCAGUGAAGCGAUUUGGGAAAGAAGAGCAGAUUAUUAAACUUGGAACCAUGGUGCAUACAUUGGCAUGGUGUGAUACAUGCAAUAUCCUUUGUGGACUUCAAGACACUCGAUUUACAGUGUGGUAUUACCCUAAUACCAUUUAUGUGGACAGAGAUAUUUUGCCGAAAACAUUGUAUGAAAGAGAUGCAAGUGAAUACAGUAAAAACCCCCAUAUAGUGAGUUUUGUUGGAAAUCAGGUGACUAUAAGAAGAGCUGAUGGCUCCCUGGUACACAUCAGCAUAUCCCCAUACCCUGCCAUCCUCCAUGAGUAUGUGAGCAGCUCAAAAUGGGAAGAUGCUGUAAGGCUCUGCCGCUUCGUUAAGGAGCAAAGCAUGUGGACUUGCUUAGCGGCUAUGGCAGUUGCUAAUCGAGACAUGAUUACUGCAGAAAUAGCCUAUGCGGCAAUUGGUGAAAUUGAUAAAGUUCGAUACAUCAAUGCUAUAAAAGAUCUUCCAUCCAAAGAGUCAAAAAUGGCCCACAUACUAAUGUUUAGUGGCAACAUACAGGAGGCUGAGACACUGCUUCUCCAGGCCGGCCUCAUUUAUCAAGCAAUCCAGAUCAACAUUAACCUCUAUAACUGGGAAAGGGCACUGGAGUUGGCUGUAAAAUACAAAACCCAUGUUGAUACAGUUCUUGCUUAUCGUCAAAAAUUUUUGGAGACAUUUGGUAAACAGGAAACUAAUAAACGAUAUUUGCAAUAUGCAGAAGGUCUCCAAAUAGACUGGGAGAAAAUCAAAGCCAAAAUUGAGAUGGAAAUUACUAAAGAACGUGACCGAUCAACUAGUAGCCAGUCUGUCAAGAACAUGGGCUUAAAGCACUGAAUGCCUCACCGACCUCUAAACUAGUUCAGAGUAACCAAAGAUGUGCAUGUUUUGUUUGCUUUAAAAAAAAAAAAAAAAAGCAUGAUUUUAAGGCUAGUGUUGUCUCUGAAUGGUAGAGUACUUGCCUAGCAUGCAUGUGGCCCUGGGUUUGAUCCCCAGCACCAUCAAAA